AAACUGCUGCGAAUUCCUUCUGUGCCCUUUUCAAAUAACAACGCUGAUGUUUUCGCGCCAUUUAGAGGUUGUUUAUUUUUGUUGAGCGCGAAGUUUCUCCACUGAUUUAGAUUAGUCGCUUGUAAAUCUCCGAGAAAGACGGAGUUCAAUUGAAGAGAAAUGGCUGCCGUGUUAGAAUCUGCGAGUCCCAUCAAUGGAACCGAGAAUGGAGAAAGUAACCAACAAAAUGAAGAUGAAAUGCAAUAUCUGGAACUGACGCGCCGGAUAAUUGCAAAGGGAAACAAACGAUUGGACCGUACCGGUGUUGGAACUCUUAGUAUUUUUGGAUCCCAAAUGCGGUACAAUUUGCGAAACAACACCUUACCCCUGCUCACCACUAAACGAGUAUUCUUUCGUGGAGUAGCCGAAGAGCUUCUUUGGUUUAUCAGAGGAAGGACCAACGCCAAGGACUUGCAGCAGAAAAACAUACACAUUUGGGAUGGGAACAGUACAAGGGAAUUUCUCGAUUCGGCUGGAUUUACGGACAGAGAAGAGGGUGACCUAGGUCCUGUGUACGGAUUCCAAUGGCGUCAUUUCGGAGCAAAAUAUAAAACAUGCGAUGAUGAUUACACCGGCGAAGGGAUCGACCAGCUUGCUGAAGUAAUAAACCGCAUAAAGACCAAUCCCACCGAUCGACGCAUUAUCAUGAGCGCUUGGAACCCGGUGGACAUUCCGCAAAUGGCUCUACCACCAUGCCACUGUUUAGCUCAGUUCUUCGUUUCCGACGGAGAAUUGUCAUGCCAACUUUACCAACGAUCAGCGGACAUGGGCCUGGGGGUACCGUUCAAUAUUGCCAGCUACGCACUGCUUACGCACAUGAUUGCCCACGUCACCGGACUUCAACCUGGAGAUUUUGUUCACACCACCGGAGAUACUCACGUUUAUCUAAACCACGUGGAACCACUCCAAGCACAGUUGAUGCGCAAGCCCAAACCAUUCCCCACGCUGCAUUUCAAACGUGUAGUCCAGUCGAUUGAUGAUUUCCAGUUCGAAGAUUUUGAUGUCCGCGGUUACGAUCCAUAUCCAACAAUUAAAAUGCAAAUGGCCGUUUAAUGGUUUUAUGAACAUGUUUUAAAUAAACAAAGGGUAGUGGUCAUUUGAUAAAAGCCAAAAUUUA